UCUACUUCACUACCAGCUAAACAAGCUUAAGCUCGCUACUUGCUUUUACCAAAGCUCUCUCUCCAUCAAUGGAUGCCUUCUCCACCUUCACCUUGCUCUUCUUCCUUAUCCUCCUCCUCCCCGCCGCCCCCACGCACCAGCAACAACAACAACAACCUCCAUUCUCCUGCGGCGCCCAAUCAAGCACCACAACCUCCUUACCCUUCUGCAACACCAAGCUACCCAUAACCCAAAGAGCCAAAGACCUCGUCUCCAGGCUGACCCUCGACGAGAAGAUCUCCCAGCUCGUGAACACCGCCCCUGCCGUCCCGCGGCUCGGCAUUCCGGCCUACGAGUGGUGGUCGGAGGCCCUGCACGGCGUCGGAUGGGUUGGCAAAGGGAUCCACUUCAACGGCACCAUUUCCAAAGCCACCAGUUUCCCUCAAGUCAUCCUCACCGCCGCCUCCUUCGAUGCCUACCAGUGGUACCGCAUUGGCCAGGUGAUUGGGAAAGAGGCGAGAGCACUUUACAAUGGCGGGCAGGCUUCAGGGCUCACGUUUUGGGCUCCAAACAUCAACAUUUUUAGGGACCCAAGGUGGGGGAGAGGCCAGGAAACCCCUGGGGAGGAUCCUCUGGUUACUGGGAAGUAUGCCGUCUCGUAUGUGAGAGGGGUUCAAGGGGAUAGCUUCCAUGGCGGGAAGCUUACUGGGCAUCUCCAGGCUUCAGCUUGCUGCAAGCAUUUCACUGCCUAUGAUUUGGAUAAUUGGAAGGGGGUCAAUCGCUUUGUGUUUGAUGCUCGUGUGACGAAACAAGAUUUAGCCGACACAUAUCAACCACCAUUCCAGAGCUGCGUUGAAGAAGGGAAAGCCAGCGGGAUAAUGUGUGCUUACAACAGAGUUAAUGGGGUUCCAAGCUGUGCAGAUUACAAUCUCCUUUCCAAAACUGCAAGAGGCCAAUGGGGAUUUCAUGGGUAUAUAACAUCGGACUGUGAUGCCGUUUCCAUCAUCCAUGAUGCUCAAGGUUACGCUAAGCAACCAGAGGAUGCUGUUGCCGACGUUCUUAAAGCUGUAUGGCAUCAACGCCAUUUUUGUGGUCUCUUCUUUGUCCCACCUACCCAGUGGAGCCCUCUUCUCAUGGGCAUUUUCCCUUCGAAGUCCAAUCAAUGGCUAAACCCAAUUGGCAAAGCCAGUCCCGUUGAUGAUGGCUUGCUUCUUGUUGCGUUCCCCAACCAGCAAAAUGCAGGGAUGGACUUGGACUGUGGAUUAUACUUGCAGCAGCACAGUAAAAGCGCAGUAGAGCAGGGGAAAUUGCCUGUAUCCCAAAUAGACAGAGCACUUCACAACCUCUUCUCCUUAAGGAUGAGGCUAGGCCUCUUCAAUGGCGACCCAAAGGAACAGCUUUUCGGCAACAUUGGUCCGGACCAAGUCUGUUCACAAGAACAUCAGAUGCUAGCACUUGAAGCCGCACGUAAUGGCAUUGUUCUCCUCAAGAACUCAGCCAGACUCCUCCCUCUCCGGAAAUCCCAGGUCAAGUCUCUCGCAGUGAUCGGCCCAAAUGCCAACUCGGGGCAAACCUUGCUUGGAAACUAUGCUGGACCACCGUGCAAGUUGGUUACCCCGUUGCAGGGACUUCAAGGCUAUGUUAAGGACACAACUUACCUCCAGGGCUGUGAUAGUGUUCGAUGCUCGUCAGCUGAAGUUGAUAGAGCUGUGGAGUUAGCCAAAGGUGUUGAUCAUGUUGUCCUGGUGAUGGGGUUGGAUCAAUCGGUAGAGAGGGAAGAGCUCGAUCGCGUGGACCUGGUGCUUCCUGGGAGGCAACAAGAACUCGUCACCAAGGUGGCGAGAGCUGCAAAGAAUCCUGUCGUCCUCGUGCUUCUCUCUGGAGGUCCAGUCGAUGUUUCGUUUGCCAAGUAUGAUAAGAAGAUAGGAAGCAUUCUGUGGGGUGGUUACCCUGGUGAAGCGGGUGGGACUGCACUUGCUGAAAUCAUCUUUGGUGAUCACAAUCCAGGAGGGAGGCUGCCGGUUACUUGGUACCCGCAGGAGUUUGUGAAUGUACCAAUGACAGACAUGCGAAUGCGUCCUGAAUCAUCUUCGAGCUACCCUGGCCGAACCUACAGGUUCUACAAAGGCCACAGCGUGUUCGAGUUCGGUCAUGGCCUCAGCUUCUCCAAGUACUCCUACGAGCUGAAGCACGUCUCGCAGGACAAGCUCUUCCUGAACCAGUCCACCUCAACACAGCAAGCAGCGAUCGACGAGUCAGGUUCAGUUCGUUCGACACUGGUUUCCAGCGUUGGAGCAGACUUCUGCGAGCAAAGCAAGUUCCAGGCCAGAGUCAGGGUGGAGAACCAUGGCGAGAUGGCUGGCAAGCAUCCCGUGCUGCUGUUUGCUAGGCAGUCGAGGCAUGGAGACGGGAGGCCCAGGAAGCAGCUGGUGGGGUUCAAGAGCGUGGUGCUCAGCGCGGGAGAGAAGGCGGAGGUCGAAUUCGAGGUGAGCCCUUGUGAGCAUUUCAGCAGAGCUAAUGAAGAUGGUGAGCUGAUGAUGGAAGAAGGUACUCAUUUCUUGAGUGUGGGAGGUGAUAAGUUCCCAAUUUCCUUGGUACUAUGAGGUGGGAAUAGGGGAGAGAACUCCUGUGGUGAAUAAGAAGGGGGAGAAGAAAUGUUAAUUCUCUUUUUUACUGAGUUAGUUUGUUGACAUACUCGUCCCAAUGAAAUGAAUCCAAGGCCAAAUUAAGAGGAAAGGUUUUAAGUUUUAACUUUCCUGACGAACACUCUCAAUCUAAUUGGCAUGAAAAAGGAAUCGGCAUUGGUGCCUAACAAC